AAGGUAUGGAGGCUGAUAUCAACGGGAAGAAAUGUUGGCUGCGAUAUGCGAGGAAUAGUGUUCUCGUCAUGGAUAUGGGUAACGAUGAAACAGACGACUUAAGUGGUGCAUUCAGACAAGGCUUUCUAUGUCCGUUUUGUAUGCAAGAUUUAGGUGACUUAACCACUUUACAUGCUCAUGUCGAAAAAUACCACCCAAAAUCAAUACCCGCUGAUCACUCCCUUGAUCAUAUUAAAGGUAUCUUCGAUAAAGCGAAACAAAAAAUUUCGCAUAUAGAUGCAUCCUUUUUAAUUGGUUAUGCAAACUCGAAUAAUGGAGGAUCAGCACCAAUUUCAAGGAGUGUUUACAAUUUCGCAAAUAAUCGCGUCGAAAAACUUUCUCAUGCAGCACACAGCUUUACUUCUUUGCAGGAUCUUGGAAUUACAAGGAGUCAUACGGAUUUUUACUUGAAGUGUCGGUCCCCUUGUAUAAACGACGCUGCUGUAAAAACGAAUGGUUUGAUUAUUAGGCUUGAUAAGUUGAUUAAUCAACGCCCCUCUGAUUCAAGUAAGCGCAAAGCUUUUGAACGCGAAACAGUACCUUGGGUAACCGAUUGUGAUGUUCUGAGAUGCCGAACAUGUUGUAUGAAAUUUUCAUUGACUAAGCGACGGCACCAUUGCCGACUAUGUGGCGAAAUUAUAUGUCGCGCAUGCUCACAGUUCCUUUCGUUUGUCGAUGCUCGCAAAUUAACGAAUCCAGCAUUUGCGGCACAGUUGCUGGAAGAAUUAAGUAGUUCAGAGACAAAUAUUCCAGAAAAACCAUUAAGUCAUUUGUCACCUUCCAUGUCUGUUGCUGAAGCUAUUAAGCAAACCAUAUCUAGUGAAUCAUUGCAAUCAGUACGAUUAAAAGGCGAAAAAUUAUUUUCCUCAACGUUGUCAUUGGUGAAACGGGACGGCACUGAAGUCAGUUUAGCGUCGCUGCUUCAGCAGGAUGAAAAUGAACAUUUGAGAAUUUGUGCGGAAUGUAAGGUUUUGUUGGAUGUUCGUAAUGAAAAAAUGGAGAUGCUUACCUCACCACCGAUGCUUGUGGUAUUGUAUGAGCGUCUUUGUUCUCUUAUUCGUGACGGUCAAAAGUUAGCUUCCUCCUAUGAACGUAUUUCGAAAUCGCUAAGCCGAGGAGAGACCAUGUAUACAUUGGAUUCUGCUAUUCAACUAAGAAAUCGAUUGAUACAACUGCAAAAAGAGAUUGAUUCUAUAAGUUCUCGUGUUGAGACACAUCAUGUCACUGAAGGAAAUACCUCCGAACGUUGUACACCACAGGAGCAGGUCAUCCGAAAAAAUAUUCGUGAUUUUUCUCUGCAAAUGCUGCAGCAAUUAGUGAUGCAAAUGAAUCUUCAUCCAUCUGAAGAUCGAUAUAAUGAAUUGCAAGAAAAAAGACGUGCUGAUAUCAGACAUCGAGUAGACAUGGAAAGAAAGAGAAAUGCAUUCAUUUUGAAGCCGUCGACCUCAAAUCCCGGAUUUGGCUCAUUUUUAAGCGAAACAGAAAUGGUUCGGCAAAAUUCUAAGAAUCGCUUGAAGGAAUCUGUUUCCUUUUCUGGUAUCGUUACCAGUUGUGAAGAUUAUGGCUGGACUCCAUCUAGAAUUUUUCUUCACACUAAUCCAUUUAUUGAAGAGGAAGAUAAGGCUGAUCCAUUGCAGGAACAAAUCUUGAUUAUCAAGGGGUAUUUAAAACAAGCUGUGGAGGAUAGCCGAUUGGAAGAAAUUGAAAUAUUGGAACGAAACUUAUGCGACCUUGAACGUGAAAUUGAAAAACUGAACAAAAAUACUUCUUCAAUGCAGUAACAUCUCCCUUCCUCUUGCCUUCGUAUAAUUUGUUAAUACUACGACAUCAUGUUGAUAUCAAGCCUCAAAACGCUUUCUUCAUCUGACAUGUCUUUUGGUAUUUGUGUUUGCUUUCAGAUUUUAAACUCGGCCUUUUAAGUGAUUUAACUUGAUAAUAUUUUUGUCUAUACCUGUAAAUCCAAGAAAUAGUUCAUUUUUCAUUCGCUAUUUCAGCGCAUUAUUUUGUUAUUCACUGUAGUUUAUGUUCCAUUCAGGUAUAUGUUUAUAUGUCAUUAUGUGUGAUUAUGUUUAAUCGCUUGCUUAGCAGUAAAUUGCGUC